AAUUCAUGUGAGUGAUGGAUGUGCGCUAAGAGAGUGAUAAUUUCGUCUCUCUUGUCAACCUUUAAUAAAAAAGGAAAAGAAAUAGAAGAAUUUUCUUUCUAGAAUCUUUAAUUUCCCUGUUAGACGCAAUAGAUUUAAAUUAGAAUCAAACACAAAAUGAGCGCCGAUUACUUGAGUCAACCUUUAUCGUUUGCUGAUGCUGCUCCAUCAACACCACGAAAUACGCAGACUGUAUCCCCAUUGUCACCAUACCUGAAUUACGAUCCCAGAUACUUACAGGCGGCACAACCCGAAUUCAUUUUCCCCGAAGGGGCUGCAAAACAACGAGGCCGCUUUGAGCUGGCCUUCUCACAAAUCGGUUCAUCUGUGAUGAUUGGUGCAGCUAUUGGUGGAACUGCUGGUUUUUACAAUGGUGUCCGGGCGACCGCAUUAGCACAGCAAACGGGGAAACUGAGGCGAACACAGUUGUUAAAUCACAUUAUGAAACAGGGAUCGUCCACAGCGAACACACUAGGUACAUUGGCGGUCAUGUACUCCGGUUUCGGCGUUUUGUUACAAUGGGCUCGAGGGGAAGACGAUGAAGUGAACACUUUGUUAGCUGGAACUGCCACAGGACUACUGUACAAAUCGACAGCUGGACUUCAUCGAUGUGCCAUGGGCGGUGGCUUUGGAUUAGGUAUCGCAGCCCUGUACUGUCUGUACACAGUGACAUCGGGUGGUGGGAAAAUUAAUUUUAAUAAACCGUACAUGUAGAUGAAGUGAUCAUGUCGUCCGUUGUGAUCGUGUAUAAAAGAUCGAUAAAAACGAAUCCAAAAAUAUUAAAAAUUAAUGAAAACAAAAUGAUGGGGAGAAACAAACACAAAUUGUAGCCAUUAUACAAAUCAGCUAGAGAAAAAUAAAAAAUUUCGAAAAAAAUCGCAAAUUUAAAA